AUGUAUUCCACCACACUACGAAAUGUCAGUUCAGAAGCAGUCGCCGACUUCCGUUCAGACACUGUUACCAAACCAUGCCAAGCAAUGCGCGAAGCGAUGUGCAAUGCAGUGGUAGGCGAUGAUGUCUAUCAAGAAGAUCCGACAAUAAAUCAAUUGGAAGAAAAAUGUGCGAAAUUGUUCGGAAAAGAAGCCGCACUAUUCGUUGCUACUGGCACGAUGGGAAAUCUUCUUUCAAUAUUGGCGCAUACAGAACGAGGCGAUGAAAUAAUCGUUGGAAGAACGUCUCAUCUUCAUCGAUGGGAACAAGGCAAUUAUGCCCGUCUGGCUGGUGUUUCAGCCACUACUGUUCCGGUUUUAGAAGAUGGUACCAUAGCACUGAAUGAAAUUGAACUAGCGAUACGAGUUGAUGAUAUACAUAUGCCGCGAACAAGGUUGAUCUGCAUCGAAAAUACACACAAUUAUGCCGGUGGUAAAACCAUAUCAUUGGACUAUAUGAAAGAGGUUCGAAAAUUAGCCGACGAACACAACUUGUUGGUGCAUGUUGAUGGUGCUCGUUUUUAUAAUGCAGCAUUUGAUUUGGGUAUUUCAAUGGCUGAAUUAGCGCAGCCGGCCGAUAGCGUUAUGAUGUGCUUCUCAAAGGGAUUGGGUGCACCAAUUGGCUCAAUUAUUGUUGGGAAAGCAGAUUUCAUUAGCAGAUGUCGAAGACACCGAAAGUCAUUAGGAGGUGGAUGGCGUCAGGGAGGUAUACUAGCUGCUGCUGCAGAAUUUGCGUUAAAAAAUGCGAAUGAAACGAUUAAAAAUGACUUCGAAAAUGCUAGUUAUCUGUGCAAAUCGUUAAAUGAUGCCACUCCGUUAGAGAAGCGCUCUGUUUUAUUUGCACAAUCAGCCACCAAUAUGGUGUUGCUUAGUACACUACCACCGUUCUGUCCCAAUCAAAUCGCUAGAAUGCUGAAGGAAAAAGGUGUACUAGUGAUGCCAAUCGAUGAGAAGCGCAUUCGUAUUGUAUUGAAUAAUGGUGUUGGCAAAGAAGAAAUUGAUAAGUUGGUAUCGAUCUACAGUGAAUAUGUAAAAUCAUCCAGCAAUUGA